AGACAUAUUUUUGGUUUUCGUUUCGAAUUUUCAGUGUAUUUUCAGUGGAAACAUUUAUGUAUUUUUGUUUGUGAUUUGUCUUUAAAAAAUUCAAUUUUUUUUACAUUUUUCGUGUCGGCAUUUGAUUAGAAUAUUAAAAAAGUAAAAUUAAAAUAUAAAAAAAAAUAAAAUUUGCGUAUUCUCGAAGGUAUACUUUGUAAUAUAAUUUUGUGAAAUCACGAUAAAAAUCGACAAAAAAACGUGUAUUUAAAAAAAAUAUAAAAUAAAUAAAAAUUGACUUGCAAUUUAAUAUUAAAAAUUAAAAACCUUUGUUUAUCGUCAUCGUAGAUAUUUUUUUCUUUUGAAAACGCGAUUUCAUAAACAAAGAAAAAUUAUUAAAAUACCUGUAUACACAGAUAUAUACAUACAAAGUUUGAAAAAUUCAAAGAGUUGGAAAAAUUAUAGCUGAACAAUAAAAGAGACAAGAUAAUAAAAAUAAGAAAUUAUUAAAAAUAUUUCAGGUCACAAGAAAAUAACCCUAGACAACAUACAACAAAAUAAACCUUUAUCAUAUUGAAGAGAUUUUUAUACACAACUACCAAAUAAGAAUUAGGAGAAUUUCAACUACAACUAUAAAGUUCCCAUUCCAAUAAACGAAUUCUUUCAAAAGAAAUUUUUUUUUAUUCAAUAUUUUUAUAAAGGAAAAUAUUAUUCAAAUACAUACAAAAUUAAAAUAAAAUAUAGCAACAUAACAAAUAAAAAUGUCUUCAAGAAUAUCUGCAAAUAAUCAUUUACCUCCACCACCACCACCAAAACCAGUUAAAACAUCUUCAACAAACAUUGAUACAACAAAAUAUCAAAAUAAUGUAGCAACAAAUAACGAUUAUUUGAAUACAAAUGGUAGCAACGAUAUUGCUAACAAUUCAAUAGCAAAUCAGAAUGGAAAUGGUCUUCGAAAUUGUCACACGCCACCACAUAUUGAACGGGAACAAGUUGUAAUGACACCAAAAAGUAAAACAGCUAGAACAACAAUAAUAUUAAUUGAAAGAAAAUUAGUUAAUCAUGUACAUGAUCGUUUACAUGUUGCCGGUGGUGAUCAUACCGGUAUUAUAAUUAAUAAAGAACAAUUAAAAGAUCAAAAAAGUUCUAGAUUUGCACCACAUUUAGCAUUAGAAUUUCGUGUAUUUUUAGUAAAUUCUAAUACUGGAAAACAUACACAAGAAUCAAGAACAUUAAGAUUUUGGUUCCGUCAAUAUAUUAAAGAUGAUGAUCAACAAGCACAAUUAGCACAAGAUUUCUUUAGAGAAUUGGUUAGUCCAAAGGAAUUUCCAAGAGAUUAUGUUGGAUUUAUUAAGAAAAUAAUGAAAUUAAUGCAAAAAGGAUAUGACGAAAUCAAAUGUUUGGAAGUUGAAUUACAAAUUUUGGAUGAAUCAGAACAACCACCAACCAGACCACCCAGGGACGGUUACAUUAUUUACUGCUAUGGUGAUUGUAAUCGAAGAUAUGAAGAAGCUCUUCGGGCACAGAAAAAAGCAGCCUCUAUGGAAGAAUCACAAUACGAAGCGAAACCAUUAACACAGGAAUAUAUUCUUGAGCUAAUUGAACAAGCCUAUCCAAAUCCAAUAAGACCAGAUGAUUUAGCUAAAGACUUUGGAUGGGAUGAACAAGAAAUCCUUAGAAUAAUUAUUUCAUUGAAAGAACGUGGUCUAAUCAAAGCAAUGGAAUUCAAUUCAUAUACAAGAAUUCAUCAUGAAGAUCACGAUAUCAAAGUCGUUAAACAAAUGCCAACAAUUGCUUCAAAUAAGCAACCAACAAUUGCAAUAAUUACAGCACAAUAUUGUGAAAAGGUAGCAGUUGAUGCAAUGUUAGAAAAUAAAGAAACAUUUGUACGAUAUACAACAGUCGAUUCAGAUAAAAUUCCCAAGACUGGAACGAGUAGUAAGAAAAAAAGAUUUGGUGAAUCAAAUGUUUAUACUUUGGGUAAUAUUGGUGCACAUCGUAUUGUCAGCACAAAAUUACCAUCAAUUGGUGGUAGCCGUGAAGCAAUGACUGCUGCUGGUAAUACAACAACAAGAUUAUUGGGAACAUUCCAAAAAGUUGAUUAUGUCUUUAUUGUUGGCGUUGCUGGUGGAAUACCACAUUUCACUGAUUAUAGACGUCAUGUUCGCUUAGGUGAUGUUGUUGUUUCCAGUUAUGAUAAAAAUAGACCAAUUAUGAAUGGAAAUAAUAAUAGCUCAAGUGGAAAUAAACCUUACAUAUAUGUUUAUAGCAGUGAAAAUAAUGUUAAAAAUUUUUAUCCUGUUAAUGAUUGUUUACAAAAAAUUGCAAAUAAUUUACAAGUUGCUGCAACUGAUGAUAAAAAACCAUGGGAAACAUAUUUCAAUGAAGGAUUACAUCAAUUACGUUUAAAAACUGAAACUGAUUUUAGUAGACCAGCAGCCAAUACUGAUAAAUUAUAUAUGAAUAUUGGUAAUAGAGAAGUAAUUGAAGUACAACAUCCACAACCAGAAUAUCUAAAUGAAGAUGAAAUUAGUAAUAAUGAUAUUAGUAAUAAUCAAUCAUCUACCAGAAUACAUUUAGGACCAAUCGGUUCUGGAAAAGAUUUAAUUAAAACAGAUAAUUUAAGAACAGAAUUUGCUAAAAAAUAUGGUUUAUUAGCUACAGAUGUUGAAAUGAGUUCAGUUCUAGAAAGUAUUAUUGGAAAUUGCCGUGAUAGUUUCAUAUUGGUUAAAGGUGUUUCUGAUUAUAAAGAUGGAUUAUCAACAAGAAAAUGGCAGAAUUAUUCAUCAUUGAUUGCAGCUGCUGUUAUGAAAAGCAUUAUUUGUGGAAUGGAUGCUCCAACAAAUGUUUAAAAUUUAUAAAUGGCUCUAUUAAUAAAUUAUAAAUUGUUAAUUUUUAUUCUUUACACAUUUACAUACAUAAUAUCUAUAUAUCUAAGUAUUUACAUGUAAACGAAGGUCUAAAAUAAUAUAAAAUAUCUCGCUUUUUUUUUCUCUCUAUAAAUAGGAUUUAAAUAUUUGAAAUAAAAGAUUGUAUAACGCCGAAACUAGUAGAGUCGAAACAAAGUAAAUAAAAAUAAUUUUCAAAUUCGUUUUGAAGAAAUUAAAACAUUUUUAAAUUAUUAUUUUAAUACUAACAAGUUUACAAUAAAAUCAAUAAAACCAAAUAGAUAUUUUCAAUUUUUAUACAUAAGAAAAUUUGGAGAGUAAAUAUUUGUAAAAUUAAUAAAGUCAUAUUAAGUUUUAAAAAUUAAUAAUUCUAAUUUUAGUUGAUUGCUAUACGACAUUGCACUCAAUUAAAAACGUUGAAAAUUUAAAGGCAAAGUUCAUGUAUUUUAAAAAAUUAAAAUUCAUGUAUUUAAAACAACAUUUUUUUUUUAAAUUUAUGAUUUUCAAUACGAAAUAUUAAAUUCUACUUAGUUUUACUAUUUUGUUUAUUUCUGGCAAUUCAAGUUAUUGAGGUAGAUUUUUCAGAACCGAAUUCCGCCAGCUUCGUUUAGAAACAAAAUUUAAUGAAUAAAAUUUUUAUCAUCACAAAAAAUUUGCAAAUUUUAAAAAGAGAAUAUGAUUUAUUUUAUCUUUUUAUUAUUUAUUUAUGUAAUUUUGUAAAUCAAUUGUUUUAACUGAAAAAAAUAUAUAUAUAAAAUAAAUAUAAUGGUAGAA